AUGAUAACAAGCAUUUACACUGCCGUCGCCGGCCUUGGUGAGGUGCUCAGCAAAAUCAUACGCCCUCAAUCCUACCAAGCCGCUGAGGGCCGUUCAUACUUGAGUGGAGGCCAAGUUAACUUCAGCCGCGAUGAUGAUGGCACUGCUCAUGAUAGUGAGCUGCGAUGGCUUGACCGAAAUGGCCUCAUGGCCUUAAUGGAAGACUACAAAGACUUUUCAAAAUCUUUGUCAAAAGUUUGGGAGUGUCUUGAGCGCGAAAGCAGAGAAGAGUCGAACAGAGAUUUGGCCCCCUUAAGCGCCAACAUACUCGACAGCAAUGACCGCGACGUGACGGAGAUGUUCGCAUCACAACUUAAACGAGUAUUUCAGUUCCUGGACAGAGUGUACGAGAUUCGCACAAUUGUCAGAAUUCGUGACAGCAAUGAAUUAGUCCCAUCUGUUCUUGAUUAUGGCAUUUCCCCGGAUUUUGCUGCUAAUUUGGAAUCGAUCAAACGCUUCAUAGCGGAUCCAGCGCUUCCCCUCGUUUGCAACAAUAUCUUGCGCAAACGCGAUGCGCAUGAGUGCGGGGUCUCGCAGUCGUUUAUUGAUCGAGUUACGCUUGAUAUCAAGGCAAUACUUCGCAAUCUCCCUGCACCCAGCUAUGUUGCAUCUCCCAACUAUCGCCAAAAGUUACAGAAUAUGUUCCCACCGCCGCGAGAGACUCAUUUCAACAUGUAUCCUUCACUUCCGGGGUCAUUCCCUGAAUCUGAUGAGUCUAGAGAACUCUCUGAGCUACAGCCUACCCAGGAAGAAGUCCUAAAGAUACUCGAGCAAUCAUUAACACAUCCCAUGACGAACCCCAAUGGGACAAUACCUCAGGACUACCGCCAGGAAUUAUACGAGACCGAUGCACAACGUGUUUUGAAGGACAAAUAUGUUAGCACAUUUGUCCGCCAAACUCCUCUUACCGCAGACCAGAUAGGUUCUGUCAGAUCUAUCCUCAAGACUCGUCGCAAACAUCCAGCCAAAAUCACACCUAAGCGUAUCGGUGCAACACGCCGACCCAAAGCUGUGCGCUUCACCGACGAUACUGUUAGCCCAAGACCGCGAACUCACAUGGGCCUGGAAGCGCCCAGAAGACUCAAUCACAACGGGCGAGGGCAUACUACGACUGAUGACCUUCCAGCGCAGCGGCCCAGCUGGGCCCAACUGUUCAACAUCCCAACUGCCACAGUUCAAGACCCAACCAGAAGUAGUAUUUUUGCUUCAUCCAAUUUCAACAUCUUCCGUAGUCGUGUGGAGGAAAGGGAUCUCUAUGACCCCAGUGUUCGCAUUCAAGAACUACUGGAUACUCCUUCAUUACAGCUCCCAAUAAGUGAUGAUUCGAGGGCUGGAAUAGAGCAGCAAAUUGAGGAGGCCAGACAAAAGGCUGCCGAGACGGCCCGUCUGGCUGCCGAGGCUGCGAAGCGUGAGGCUGAAGAGAAGGCUCGACAAGAGCGCGAGGAACGUCUCGCUCGAUCUGGAGGGCUUCGUAUGCCUAACAAGACACUCGUUGUGCCUGUUUCAUCACAAUGGCACCAAAGGGCCGUUUCGACACUCCGGGCAGCGCCUAUUGAGUCCCUUGCAAAGUCUGCUGAGGGCGUUGAUUUGCGAAGGCAUGACUUUGCCAAGGUAGUCUCCUCGACUGAGUGGCUCAAUGAUGAGAUUGUCAAUGCGUCACUUAUGUGGCUUGAUCGAGCUAUCAACUCAGCCGCCGGCAUCAAGGAUGUCAAGAAGAGCACUCGCAAGUGCUUUUCCCUCGGCUCUUUCUUCUUCAAGCGACUCCAAGACCAAGGCAUCCACUCAACCCAGCGGACUCUCCGACGUUAUGGUGUUGAGAAGAAGAAUUUCCUCGACAUCGAUACCAUCCUUUUGCCGAUCUGCGAGCACUCCCACUGGACCCUGAUUGUUAUUCGGCCUUCCAAACGGACACUGGCACAUAUGGACUCCAUCAACGCGGGUGGUAACUCCGCCUAUACCAACCGUGCCAUGGCGUGGAUCAAGGAUGUCUUGGAGGAGAACUUCAUUCAGGACGAGUGGAAAGUCACUCUCCACGAGGCUCCUCUACAGAACAACGGACACGACUGUGGUGUCCACACCAUCACCAACGCCAUGUGCAUUUCGCUAGGCCUCAGCCCCAUCGACUCAUACACCGCCGCCGACAUGCCGACACAACGCAUUCGCAUUGCCUGUAUGCUUCUCAAUGGCGGCUUCACUGGGGAUUUUGACCUACGAGUAUAUUAG